CCACAAUAUGUUAUCUUUGUGUUAGGUAAAAAAAAAGAGAGUUAAAAGUAAUAACUAAAUAAGCUCAGGAAGCGGAAAGACGGAAAGAAAAGAUAGCGGAAGGAUAACAACCGCCUUCUGCUCGUACGACUGCGACUCGACUCCACUCUCUGCCUGCGCAAUUCACUGUCCCUCUCGUGUAACUUCCCAGCGCAGACUGCAGAUUAUCGGUUAAAUAUGAAUUGUUUAGGGUUCUCGUAAUCUGAUGAUGCAAUUUCAUUAAUUGGGGAAGACUAUUGGGUUCUGCUGAAUCGAGUUUGAUUGCUCUUUCUCACUAGGUGAGGGGUGGUAGCUCUUAGAUAAACUAGAAGAAGCAGUUGAAGAAUGAUGGAGCCCGGUCAGCCAAGCCAGGACGAACCGACCUCGUGGGAUGAGCUCUGCAAUAUCAAUUUGGUUCCUUCAGAGUUGUUUUUCAAGUUCAGAAAGGAAAUUGAAGGGAUUCGUAUCGGUGUCAAUCUGGAGGUAUGCCCUUCCUUUCAAUCCACCCCCUUCAAUUUUCACGUUUUGCGUCGUUGUGAACCAGAAUUAAUACUGGGUUCAUCUGGGUACAUUAGAAUUUGGCUUAGGUUUGUCAAUCUACUGUCCUGUAAGUGGUGCAGUGAACUGUAAUUGGGAGCAAAUUUUCAAAGAAUACUGAAUGCUGUUGGUGCUUUCCUAACCCAGAAGCUUACCCAGCAACUAACUUGUGGAAGUUUGGUAAGUUGCAUUCAUUGAAUGAAGUGUAGACUAGUAGGCUUAUGGAUGUCAAAGAAGCUUCAAACUUUGGAGAACUCACUGUAGUAAAUGGGGUUCCUUUGUGUGAGUAGUAUUGUCAAAUGGGUCAAAUGAGGCAUGGGGGUGUGAUACAUAAAAGAUGAUAUUAUGUUUUGUAAAAGGUUCCUUUGUAUCCUUCACUGAACAGGAUAUCUGUAUCUUGGAGAAAAAAAGAAGGGAAUCUACCUACCGCUUCACUUUUAGUUGUUUGGUGUUUCGGCUUUUAGUAGUUAGGAAGAGACUCGGAUACUACUUCUCAUCGAAGUUGAAUGAAAUGAAUCUGAAAAGGAGAUCACAAUCAGUAUGAAAAAUUGUAAAAUACAAUCCUAUGGAUGAUUUUGACUUCUUAAAGCAGACCGUUCACUGUUGGAACCCUCUAAAAUCUAUCCAUCUUAAGACUUUUAGGGAGAAGACAAUAUGUGGUUGCUUCUGUAAGGAGCGUGAUAUGUCGUAUGAUUUAGCUUAUGUCAAUCUUUAUGAAAUGUUAAUGUUGAACCCUUUGUAAGUCAUGUUUAUAUUUGCAGGUCAAUAUAUGUGGAUUUGAUGAAAUAAUACACCACAGACCUCACCUCUUGUGUAGUUGUGCAUUGUUUCAAUGCCUAUUCUCCUUUAUGUAUUAACUAAUUGUCGACUCUUCCUUUCUUUUUGUUACUCAGUUCUACAAUGCUCCCAUCAACGAUGUCCAGACUAAGCUUGUUCUGAAGCCAUUGUCAUCAGAGCGGAAAUGGAAGUUUAUAUGUGAGCCUAUCCGUCAGGAAAUCCGCAUCCAGUCCAAAAAGAUUCCUCUGACCAAAUUUCUAAACGUACAGGUUUUGUAAGAUUCACCUUCCUUCACUCUGUUUUUUGGAUUUGAUACAAGCAAUAGUUGUAUACAGCAAGUGCUUUUUUGCUGCAAUUGGUUCUUUUUCCAGAUCUCUGCUACUUUAUAGGAGUUGUUAAAUUCUUAAAGUUACAGGUUGGCAUAGGCCAUAGUUUCAAGAUGAAUGCACUUGCAUGGCAGUGGAAGCUUAACACAUGCCUGGGUGGUGAUGGUAUAUCCCGAAUCCGGAACAAGACGACACUCGGUCUGUGCCCUGGCCUAGAUUUCAGGUUUGGGUGGCGAGCAGAUUUUGUUCUCCCUGAAGUUACCGGGUAAAUUCUCCCUUGUUCUUCUUGUCAUGUCCCAUCUAGAUGGUAGAUUAAGGGCGUAACUUGGCUGUUGUUGUUGUACGGCUCUCUCCUCCACUCUGCUUCUUCAGUAUGUUGUCCGAUUAUAUGCAGCAAAAAUAGUUCUGGUUAGCAGCUGCGGUGUAUGUUGGUCUGCAAGCUGCAAAUGUUGCUUGCUCUUUUCUUUUUCUUGUGAACAAGCUACAAGUAUUCGCAUAAUUGACGGGUGAAAACUUGGGUCGAACAGGGCAUUAGGUAAGGACGAGUUGCUGUUCAACAUGAAGACCGGACGACUGGAUGCAUCAUUAGACAGGAUCGAGACGAUUGUAACUCAGACAACGUGAUUCUACGUCCCUGGGAGUCACCAGGACUUGGAACGCACCACCACUCGAUCGCAAGGCUGCUGUAAGUUCCAUUUGGCAUUUGCACUCCUUGGGUACAUGAAGCUGCAACUGCAAGGCGCCAUCCUGAUUAUCUGGAAUAUGGAAUGAUUGUACUUUGUAUCAUUAGGAGUAGGAUCUGUUUUUACUAGGAGUAGGAUGAAGGUGCGACAAAUGGUUUCCUGAUUUGUGAUUUCCUCUGUCCCAACCGAAAAGAAUCAAACUUUCGUAGGAAUAUUAGUUAGUAAAGUAAGUUUUGUUGUUUCAGGUUUUUAAGAUUUACCGUCGUUGGAUGGAAGCGGUGACAAAUUUGAAAACAAUUCGCACCCUGUAUAAAACAGGGGACGCUCAACCCAACGACAAUAAAAGAGAAUGAAAUCUUUGGAAUAAAGUUGGCAGACUGUCCAGUGUAGUUCAAAUGUUCUCUCCAUCUUUUAUCAAGUAGCCGUUGUAUCUCAUUUCAUUUCUCCCCACAACGGCCACUUUCUUCUUUCCCCUGCUUCGUCUUAUAAAUCCGACCAAAAUCUCCCCCCUGCACCGCUCAUCUUCAAACACCAAUCUCUCAACUCUCAGCAGCAAAAACAUCAAGCACCAUGGCAGCAUCCUCCUCCUCCUCCUCCGUUUCCAGCUCGACCACGAAGCUCCGGAGCCCAUUCUCCACCCCGAACCUCCUCCUCUCCGUCCUCAACUUCACCCUCCUCCUCCUCGCCGCAGCCUCCAUCCCGCCGGUCAUCCUCCUCCGAACCCCGCCGACCUCCAUGGGGAUGGCCUUCCUCGCCGUCUCGGGCAUCACCGUCCUCUCCUCGCUCGUCGGAUUCUACUCCCAGCUCAACCACCUCUGCUUCGUCACCCACUUGUCCCUCCUCCUGGCCUCCCUCUCCGCCCAGGUCCUCUCCGUGCUGGCACUCUUCUCGAAGGAGAGCUCGAGCCUCGAGCUGCUGCGGCCCACGAGGAACGACCCCAGGGAGGCGAAGCUGCUGGUGAGGCUGGAGUGCGGGGUGAUGGUGGCGAUGGCGGUGGUCCAGGCCGCCGUGCUGGUGCUGGGAUGUGCGGUGCACCACUGCUGGGUGAGGGAGUACGCAGGGCUCGAGGCCGAGCGGGACGCUACGGCGAGGAAGCGGAGUAGUAGACGGCGGCGGAUGGCGAGGGUGGUGCAGGAGGAGGAAUCGGCGGCGGAAUUGGAGGAGGUGAAGGUUGUGGAGUUGGAGGAGAAGGUGCAGCAGGGCAAGUGGACCAAAACUGAUUUCGAAGGGUAGUGUUUUGAAAUUUCGAAUAUGUGUGUGUUGAUUUUCUGUGUUGGUGUUUCCUUUUGUUUGAUGGGGUCACCGAUGUGGUGGCUAAACUAUUAAUACAAGGAUUGUGUGUAUCACAGUAUUAGGGGUGGUUUAGUGUUUGCUUUGUAUUAUAUUAAUGCAUAUGUAUUAUAAGAUUGAUUUAAUGUUUAAAUGAGUAUAUUUUAUGGCUUGGGUGAUUGUACAAAACUCCAUUGUUUUGUAGUACUAUAAAAUUAUAUCUAAUGGUUGUAAUUUGGGAAUGAAAUAUUUAAUGGUCG